AGCGACGGAAACAGUCAUGGAAAGCAGUAUCUGUAAACCUUCAAAUAAAAAAAGAAAAAAUGUUAGUAUUUUAGAAAAAUUAAAAAUUUUAAAAGAACUGAAUACUGUAAGGUCGGUGCGUGCGGUCGCGGAGAAAUAUGGCAUUCCUAUUAGAACAGUGAGAAACUGGAAAAAAAAUGAAUCUAAGUUGGAGGAAAUGGAAAAUACAUAUGUACUAACUAAUAGUGUGAAGCGGAUAAGAGUAUCAUCAUUGGAUCAACUCGACGAAGCAUUGUUUAUUUGGUUUGACAGAACGAUAAAGAGUGGAAUCACUUUGACAGGACCAUUGGUGAUGGCAAAAGCAUUGGAACUGCACAAAGAUAUGGGAAUAGAAACAAAAUUCGUCGCUAGUACAGGAUGGUUAUCACGUUGGAAAAAUAAAUAUAGUAUACGUCAGUACGCCGCAUGUGACGAAAAACGCUCAACAGAUCCUCCAGAAACUAAGUUUUUUAAAGAAGAGUUCGAAAGUUUCGUAAAGGAUGAAAGUACUACCGAGGAGGAACUAUUAAACAAUUCAUGUGACGUUGACGAAUACCGAGACGCUGAGGAGGAUUCAGUGCAAUCUUGGAUCGGCCCAAAAGGCGAAGACAUGAACGGCAGAUCAAAUAUACCGAGAAAUUCUGAGUUGAUCGCAAUGGUAGCUCAAGAUAAUGCAGAAAAAAAUAUUGAGAACAGUAAUAUUCCACCAGAAAAUAUUGAACCAACUGAUAUAAUUUCUGCAGCCAAUACAUUACUGUCAUUUUAUGAAAGAAGUGAUUUGUUAUCUGCAUCAGAUUUGGCUGGGAUAAGGAAAGCUAAACAAUUAGCUGUUGAAAUAGCUAAUUCAAAAUAAUC